AGCAUCACGUGAAUCGUUUCAGCCAAAUUCAAGAGUUUGGAGGACACACCCCUUGCAAACGAAAUUUAUUUCAAAUGUGACACAUUUAUUUCAUAUUUCAGUGAUACUGAUAUUCGUGGUCUUUGGCUAUGGCAAAUAUUUCAGCAGCGGCACCGAAUGAUCGAAUAACGGCAGGCAAAGCCGCGCGCAGUCCGAAGUGCGCGAGAUGCCGUAACCACGGCUUCGUAGUGCUGUUAAAAGGCCAUUCGGGAAAAUGUCAGUUCAGGCAGUGCGUGUGCUGGAAGUGUGCUCUCAUCAACGAGCGGACGAAAAUCCUAGCAUCUCAAAGACGGAUCAAAUCCGUUCAGGGACACGAGUCACCGGCUACCGACCGUCCCGAGCAGACCGCUCUAUCUGAGAGAAAAACGGGUAAUAAUACUUCAACUAACGGAGUGAACGGCGAAACCGACGUCAGCGCUAGAAAGAUUAAUGCUAUCAAUGCGCCCGUUACUCGACACGCCACAAGUGAUACAACGUACACUGACCUCCGCGGUCCCGUUAACUCGGGCGCGGUUUAUUGUGAUCUGAAGACACCCGCGGGACCGAGCGGCGCUCUUGGAGAUUCACCACCUUUUCCUGGAGAGUACAUAAUUACAGAGGCAUACCCUGGGCAAAUGUAUCCAGCAGAGAUGUUCGCAAUCCCUGUUCCCAUGCACCCGCAGUACACGGACCGAUACAUGUUCCCGGCGGUGCUGGUGAGCCUGAGACCACCGGCACCAGGAGCCUUCAGGGAACAUGUUGGAUUUGUUCCCUAUCCACCAGGAGCGCUGUCUUAUCCACCGGAGAGUCGGGAAUUGCAGUAUAGUCCGUACCUCCCAUAUCCAGGGCUGAGAGACGAACGUUACCACCAUUCACAGUGUCACAUGAACGGAGAGCAAGGAAGAUCUGAGGUUCCUCCCAUUAAAGGUAUUAAAGAUUAA